AUGCUCGCUCAUUUGCCGCAUGAAGUAGCGAUCUACAUACUUUCGCUACUGACGCUUGAAGAUGUCUUGUGUGCAUCGCUUGUUUCGCGUCAUUGGAAUCGUCUCACCACCAAUCCCGCGUUAUGGCACCGGCUAUUUUUCAAAAGACGCGGCUGGCGUAUCCGGCCCGACUAUAUCACAUCGCUGUUAAACAAUACGGCACUGAAUGCUGCGCGUAUACCCAUUAUUGAUUGGAAGGCACUAUACGUGGGACGCCACGAACUUGAUCGUCGCUGGUUUGCGCUCAAGACGAAAGUUCGAUCGAACACAUUGGCCGUGCCCUUUAGUCCGAAACUGGCCCGGUGUAAAGGCCACACGAACAGUGUAUAUUGCUGUGCCGUUUGCCCGCCAGCACCAGCUUGGCCUCAUGGGUAUAUAAUUACGGGCUCACGCGACUGGUCUAUUCGUAUAUGGGACGCUGCUUCUCGUGAAUGCCUUGCAACUCUUCAGCAACAUCAAGGCAGCGUGCUAUGUAUGACCUAUUCAAACGGUAUGCUGGUCUCAGGCAGUUCUGAUGGAACUGCGUGUGUAUGGAUAAACGAAACACUCGCAGGGCGGCCAUGCCCUGCUGGGACAGACCAAGCUAAUUCGCCUCUCUUCCAUGCUCGGUACCAGCUGUCUGGGCAUCGUGCAGGCAUAUUAGAUAUUUGUUUUGACAAAUGUUGGAUUGUAACGGCAAGUCGCGAUGGUACGCUGUGUGUAUGGCACCGUUAUAGCGGUGAACUUGUACGUGUGUUUCGUGAACAUGGCGCAUGUGUGAAUGCGUGCAGCAUAAAUGACGGACGUGUUGCGAGUGCAGCGAGCAAUGGAACUGUGUAUAUUUGGGAUCCAGCAUCAGGCUAUGUGCUGCAAAGAUUGAAUGGAAUUCGUUGUGGUAUUGCUACUAUCCAAUUAUCAGGCGCGAUAUGCUUGACAGGAAGCAGCGACAAGUGCAUCCGCAUAUGGGAUGUGACGUCAGGGGCAUGUAUAUUCCGAACGUUGUGCUACGAUGAAGACCGCCAGUUGCUUCUCAGUGGUGGCUGGGAUCGUAAGACGCGACUAUGGGAUCUUUCACGAACACUCGCACUCGAAUCGCAUCCCACACCCGUCCUGCUGCUUGAAAUCGGCGUCCAUCAUACGCGCGUAUUCCACGUCCAGCUGGACGUAACACGCAUACUCUCCGCAUGUGAGGACCAUUCUCUAUGGAUUGCAGACUUUGGUGGCCAAGGCAUAAUAACUGACAUGUACACUUGA